UAUAUCCCCAUCUCCACUCUGAACUUCAAACUUCAAAGCAUAAAACAAACCUACACCUUCAUACAAUGGAAGCCUCACCAUUGAUAACCUACACCCUUAUCAUCCUAACAACCCUGACACUCAUCAUCAUCAAACUCUCCGGCAAACCUCGCCGGAAACUCAACCUCCCUCCAGGUCCCAAGCCAUGGCCAAUCAUCGGAAAUCUCAACCUCAUCGGUGAACUACCUCACCGUUCAAUCCACCAACUCUCCCAAACCUAUGGGCCCAUCAUGCAACUCAAGUUUGGAUCAUUCCCAGUAGUUGUAGGCUCUUCUGUUGACAUGGCCAAAGCCUUCUUAAAGACACAAGAUGUCACCUUCGCCUCCCGGCCAAAAACCGCCGCCGGAAAACACACAACGUAUAACUACUCCGACAUCACUUGGUCCCCUUACGGUCCAUACUGGCGCCAAGCUCGCAAGAUGUGCAUCAUGGAGCUCUUUAGUGCUAAAAGGUUGGACUCUUAUGAAUACAUAAGAAAUCAAGAACUGAAAAGCCUACUUCAUGAUCUUUAUGACAAGAGUCUUAUGGUUAUAAGUCUAAAAGAUCAUCUUUCUACAUUGAGUCUUAAUGUUAUUAGUAGGAUGGUUCUUGGGAGGAAGUACACUGAUGAUCAGGAGUCUGACAAUUCUAUUGUUACUCCUGAAGAGUUUAAGAAGAUGCUUGAUGAGUUGUUUCUUUUGAGUGGGGUUUUGAAUAUUGGGGACUCUAUUCCUUGGCUUGAUUUCUUGGAUUUGCAAGGGUAUGUAAAGAGGAUGAAGAAGUUGAGUAAGAAGUUUGAUAAAUUUCUUGAGCAUGUUUUGGAUGAGCAUAAUGAGAGGAUGGUGAGUGAAGGUGAGAAUUUUGUGGCUAAGGAUAUGGUUGAUGUUCUUCUUCAGCUUGCUGCUGAUCCUAAUCUGGAGGUCAAGCUUAGCAGAGAUGGUGUCAAGGCUUUCACUCAGGACUUGAUUGCCGGAGGAACAGAGAGUUCAGCCGUGACAGUAGAAUGGGCCAUGUCAGAGCUACUUAAACAACCACACAUUUUUGAAAAAGCAACAGAAGAAUUAGAUCAAGUCAUCGGAAAUGAUCGAUGGGUCGAUGAAAAAGACAUACCAAAUUUACCAUACAUAGAAGCCAUUGUAAAAGAAACAAUGCGAAUGCACCCGGUGGCACCAAUGCUCGUCCCGCGGCUCUCGCGGGAAGAUAGUACCAUCGAUGGCUAUGAUAUUCCGGCCGGCACUCGGAUCUUGGUUAAUGUUUGGACAAUUGGUCGUGAUCCGACUAUUUGGGAAGCUCCCAAUGAGUUCAAACCAGAGAGAUUCAUCGGUAAAGCUAUCGAUGUAAAAGGUAAUAAUUUUGAGUUACUACCUUUUGGUGCUGGUCGGAGGAUGUGUCCUGGUUAUAGUCUCGGACUCAAGGUCAUACAAGUGAGUCUGGCUAACCUGCUUCAUGGGUUCAAAUGGAAGUUACCUCAUGGGAUGAAGGCUGAGGAUUUGAACAUGGAUGAGAUCUUUGGCCUUUCUACACCUCGCAAGGUCCUUCUUGAGGUUGUGCUUGAACCACGUCUUCCUUCCCAUGUUUACAAUGUUUGAUGUUGUUUGCUUAUCAUUAUCUUAAGUUGUGAUGUUUAUGUUUGAGGUUGUGGGAAAAAUAAGACAUUGUUAAUUGUGUGUUUUUAUUAGUGCUUAGAUGAAUUGAUCUAAGGUUGUAUGAAAGGUUUUACUACUAGGUUUUACUCAUAUAUGUAAUAUUAACUACUUGCUGUUUAAAUGAAUAAAAGAGUCUUUCUUACUUUUUCAA